AUGAAAGGAAUGGGUGUAACAGCCGGUGCCCACCGACUAUGGGCACACCGGUCAUACAAAGCCACUCUCCCAUUGCGAGCACUUCUAUGCUUCUUGAAUACAAUGGCCGUUCAAAACGAUCUGUACGACUGGUGUCGCGACCAUAGAGUUCAUCACAAGUUCUCGGAGACGGACGCCGACCCCCACAACGCCAAUCGGGGCUUCUUUUUCUCGCACAUGGGUUGGCUACUGUGCAAAAAGCACCCGGAUGUCGUCACCAAAGGGCAGACUGUCGACCUAAACGACUUACUGGCCGACCCGGUCAUACGUUUUCAGCGCAAACACUACAGAAUCCUAGUAGUGAUUAUCGCUAUCAUAAUACCAGCGCUCAUACCAUACCUGUGUUGCACAUGGCUGGUCAACAGUGCGGCUCAUAUGUGGGGUCAAAAACCAUAUGAUCUCACCAUAAAUCCAAGGGAUUAUUCAGCCAGUGAAUUGGACUGGAAGUACAACUGGAACUUCUCGACACUAUUCAUCGACUUUUUCGCCCGAAUCGGUUGGGCCUACGAUCGGAAGCGGGUGUCGAGCGAUAUGAUCGCCGCUCGGGCUAAA